CCUUUGCAAAUGCUGCCUCUGCGGCGCCUCCUGCGCUCUGGAUUUGCUAGCAUAUCUAAUUCAGACGGACAGAAAAUGGCAUGAAAAAAAGGGUCCUUCUGAUCUCUUGCAGGCUUCCUGAGAGCACGGAUGGAUGAGCAAGACUCAGCUGGCCCUGAAAGAGGAAGAUGCCAUGCCACGGAAACUGGAAGAAGUUGGGGAUUCUGGGGAAACAAUGUGCAGAAUCUCUUGGGUGAGGUGGACACCCUCCGCUCAGAUGUGCAGAGCCAACAGUUCAGACAUCUCUGCAACCAGGAGGCCAAAGGACCCCGAGAGGUUUGCAGCCAACUCUACCACUUUUGCCACCAGUGGCUGAAGCCAGAAAGGCACACGAAAGCUGAGAUGCUGGACCUGGUGAUCUUGGAGCAGUUCCUGGCUGUCCUUCCCCCGGAGAUGGAGAGCUGGGUGAGGGAAUGCGGAGCAGAGACCAGUUCCCAGGCGGUGGCCCUGGCUGAAGGUUUCCUCCUGAGUCAGGCAGAGGAGAAAAAGCAGGAAAAGUAUCUGGUUGCAGAAAUGGGCUCCAAUUCCUCUGAGGCAGAGAGGACUCCGUUGGUCACCAGAGAGAGUUCACUAGGUGAAAGAAGAAGGCCGGCAAGACCUCCUCAUCCAUCUUUUCAUGGUGGUGGAGAGGAAGCAGCAGCUGUAGAAGCAGAUCAGGGUCCAGUGUGCUUUGAAGAUGUAGCUGUGCAUUUCACAGAGGAGGAGUGGGCGUUGCUGGAUCCUGACCAGAGAGUGUUGCAUAAGGAAGUCAUGGAGGAGAAUCGUGGGAUCAUGGCCUCCCUUGGUGGUGAUAAAUUGGAAAUGAAGAGCAAGGGAGACCACGACAAAAUCUACACAGUGGAGAAACCAUAUAAAUAUUUGGAGUGUGGAGAGAGCUCUAUCACCCUUUCCACUUCCCAUAAAAUGAUUCACAUAGGGGAGAAAUCAUAUCAGUGCUUGAAAUGUGGAAAGAGCUUCAACUGGAAGGGAAGUCUCAUUGCCCAUUGUGAGGGACAGGGGAUAUCGCGAAGUCCCUCCCCUCCUGAGUUCAAGCCCGUCCCCGAGCAAAGGGGAAAGGAGGGAGAGUUCCGAUUCCAGUGGGGAAGCAGGAAGUCGUGUCCGAGGCUCAGGCAAGGUAGAGGAGCCAGGGUCCCAGGUGGGACAGGAAGGGGCAAGUAAGGGGGGAAGACCCAUCCCCCCAACUCCAGAAUUACGCAGGA